UGCUACAACAGGGCCCACAGCUCCUCCGCCUGCAACCACGGGAGCGCCUCCCACGCCCCCAACAACCAUGCCUCCGUCUCCAACAGCAGCUCCCAACCCGUCAACUCCAACAACAGCAACUACGGCAACUUUACCUUCAACAGUAGUAACUACAACCCCUUCACCUCCAACAACUACAACACCACCUCCAACAACAGCUACAACCUCUUCACUAACAACAAAUACAACCACUUCAACAACUACAACCCCUUCAUCUCCAAUAACUACAAUUUUUUCACCUCCAACAGCAACUAUAACCCCUUCACCAACAACAACCUCAACGCCCUCAACCUCAACUCCCACAACUCCCACAACCAGAAUUCCUACAACAACUCCCACAAUCUCAACUCCCACAACCUCAACUCCCACAACCACAACUCCCACAACCUCAACUCCCACAACCACAACUCCCACAACCUCAACUCCCACAACCACAACUCCCACGACCUCAACUCCCACAACCACAGCUCCCACAACCACAACUCCCACAACCUCAACUCCCACAACCACAACUCCCACAACCUCAACUCCCACAACCUCAACUCCCACAACCUCAACUCCCACAACCACAACUCCCACAACCUCAACUCCCACAACCACAACUCCCACAACCUCAACUCCCACAACCUCAACUCCCACAACCUCAACUCCCACAACCACAACUCCCACAACCUCAACUCCCACAACCACAACUCCCACAACCAGAAUUCCUACAACCACAACUCCCACAACCACCACUCCCACAAUCACAACUCCCACAACCACAACUCCCACAACCUCAACGCCCACAACCACAACUCCCACAACCUCAACGCCCACAACCACAACUCCCACAACAUCCUCUCCCACAACCACAACUCCCACAACCACAACUGCCACAACCUCCACUCCCACAAUCACAACUCCCAUAACCACAACCUCAACACCCACAACCACAACUCCCACAACCACAACUCCCACAACCACAACUCCCACAAUCACAACUCCCACAACCACAACUCCCACAACCUCCACUCCCACAAUCACAACUCCCACAACCUCCACUCCCACAACGACAACUUCCACUCCCACAACGACAACUCCCACAACCACAACUCCCACAACCACAACUCCUACAACCACAACUCCCACACCACAACUCCCACAAUCACAACUCCCACAACCACAACUCCCACAACCUCCACUCCCACAAUCACAACUCCCACAACCUCCACUCCCACAACCACAACCUCCACUCCCACAACGACAACUCCCACAACCACCACUCCCACAACCACAAUUCCCACAACCACAACUCCCACAACCUCCACUCCCACAAUCACAACUCCCACAACCUCAACUCCCACAACCACAACUCCCACAACCUCAACGCCCACAAUCACAACUCCCACAACCUCCACUCCCACAAUCACAACCCCCACAACCACAACUCCUACAACCUCAACGCCCACAACCACAACUCCCACAACCACAACUCCCACAACCUCCACUCCCACAACCUCAACGCCCACAACCACAACUCCUACAACCUCCACUCCCACAAUCACAACUCCCACAACCACAACUCCCACAACCUCAACGCCCACAACCACAACUCCCACAACCUCCACUCCCACAACCACAACUCCCACAACCUCCACUCCCACAACCUCAACGCCCACAACCACAACUCCCACAACCUCCACUCCCACAAUCACAACUCUCACAACCUCCACUCCCACAACCACAACUCCCACAACCUCCACUCCCACAACCACAACUCCCACAACCUCCACUCCCACAACCUCAACGCCCACAACCAGAAUUCCCACAACCUCAACACCCACAACCUCAACGCCCACAACCAGAAUUCCCACAACCUCAACGCCUGCAACCACAACUCCCACAACCUCAACGCCCACAACCACAACUCCCACAACCUCAACGCCCACAACCACAACUCCCACAAUCUCAACGCCCACAACCACAACUCCCACAACCUCCACUCCCACAAUCACAACUCCCACAAUCACAACUCCCACAACAUCCAUUCCCACAACCACAACCUCAAUACCCACAACCUCAACGCCCACAACCAGAAUUCCCACAACCUCAACGCCUGCAACCACAACUCCCACAACCUCAACGCCCACAACCACAACUCCCACAACCUCCACUCCCACAACCACAACUCCCACAACCUCCACUCCCACAAUCACAACUCCCACAACCACAACUCCCACAACCACAACUCCCACAACAUCCAUUCCCAUAACCUCAACACCCACAACCUCAACGCCCACAACCAGAAUUCCCACAACCUCAACGCCUGCAACCACAACUCCCACAACCAGAAUUCCCACAACCUCAACGCCCACAAUCACAGCCUCAACGCCCACAGCGCCCCCUGCGAAGACGACGGCGGCCGCGGGCAGGGCCAGGCCGGGCCGCCGCGAGCGCUCCGUCGUCCUGGCCGCGCGCCUCGCAGACUCCGAAGGAGAAGAACGAGAGAGAGGAGGAGGAGGAGGAGGAAGUGCCGGAGGAGGAGCAGCUGGCGAGCGAAGGGGCGGAGGCGAGGCCGAGGGCCGCGUGGAGGGCAGGCGCGCGGAGGGCGGGCGCGCGGAGGGCGACCUGGCUCAGAAGGCCACGUGGUGGGCGCGCGUGAACCGCACAGCAGCCAGGAUCCGGGCGCUGACGCAGGAGAUCGCGGGCGGGGCGGCGGACGCCACGCACGCGAGCCAGCUGGACGGGCAGGCCACGAGGCUCGACCAGCUGGUGGAUGAAGGGCGCGACGACCCGCAGCUGGUGCUCGAGGCCAGCGGGGAGGAGGUCGUCCAGCUGAUGGAGGACUUCGAGGAGAUCUCGAAGGAGGUGGCGGGCGCCAGCGACGCCGUUCGACAGGAGAUCGACAGGGCGAAGAAGAGUCAAACGACCCUGAUUGCGGUUCUGGCGGGGCUGAGCGCCGUCCUCGCGCUGGUCGUGGGGGCCAUGGCCCUCGCCCACGCGCGCCCCUGGAGGAGGGCCAAGACGCUGCUCAUUAGCGGCAACAGCAGGGGGCGGCGCGGCGAGCUGAGCCACGUGUACCUGGACGACGGGAACACCGGCGUCAUGAACAUGUCCUUCACCGCCUAUCCCGAGGUGGACGUGAACGGCGCCCAGAUCAGGAACGGCGCGAGCGACGGAGUCCCGCUCUCCACUUUCACACUCAGGCAGGCGUGAAGGGAACGGAUGGAGGGGUUGAGGACACCAGAGAGAGAGAGAGAGAGAGAGAGAGAGAGAGAGAGAGAGAGAGAGAGAGAGAGAGA